AUGGCUUCCACCGAGCGUAGAUUAAGGAUGCUACAAUCAAUUGAAUUAAGCAAAGGUUGGGUGUUUCGACAGGGUGACAUAACAGACAGUGAAUGGAUGCCAGUCAAGCGCGUGCCUUCGACUGUGCACCAGGACCUGAUCGAUAACAAAAAACUAGCUGAUCCGUUCAUCGGCUUCAACGAGCUGAAGGCAGAAUGGGUUGGCAAAACUGCAUGGUCAUACAAGCUGGACUUUCCCACUCCCAGUGUACCGGAAGGUUCCUGGGUCGCGCUGGUGUUUGAUGGUCUGGAUACCUUCGCUAAGGUCAAGCUAGACGGGCUCACCAUCUUGCACGCGGACAACAUGUUUCUUCCGUACAGAGUCGACGUGACAAAAGCUAUAAGUCGAUCAGAGAAGCACACGCUUGAGGUCAAUUUCGAAUCCGCCUUCCUGAAAGGUGCUGAGAUCAGAGCCCAACAUCCGGAACACAUUUGGGCCGGCUUUAAUGGCGAUAUGGGCCGGCUUGCUGUGAGAAAGGCUCAAUGUCACUGGGGUUGGGAUUGGGGACCGAUCCUCAACUGUGCCGGCAUCUGGAAGCCGGUGCGUAUAGAGGUAUACCAGUCGCGAAUAGCGGAGAUACGGACGGAUGUCAGCCUGUCUGCUGGUCGGAAGUCUGCGAAUGUGGAUGUGACGAUACAUGUCGGCCGUCGCGGGAGCCAAUCAUUAACAGCAAAGAUCAGUAUACGGCGAGACUCGACAGUCUUGCGAUCCACCAGCUCCAGCGUCUCGAAUGACGGUGUCGCAAGAGCGACUUUGCGCCUGGAUAACCCAGAUCUCUGGAUGCCAGCAGGGUAUGGCGAUCAGAUAUUGUACGAGGUUGACGUUUUUCUUACUGGAGAAGAUGGUGUACUGGACAGUGGAUCGAAGCGUAUAGGCAUCCGGGAUGUCGAGCUUGUUCAACAGCCCGAUAAACAUGGUAAGUCGUUCUUCUUCAGAGUCAACGGUGUGGAUAUCUUUUGUGGUGGAUCGUGCUGGAUUCCGGCCGACUCAUUCUUGACGAACAUAUCGGAGCAAAGGUAUCGAGCAUGGCUCGAGCUCAUGAUACCUGCUAACCAGAAGAUGGUACGAGUUUGGGGUGGUGGAAUUUAUGAGGACGAUGCCUUCUACAAUGCCUGUGACGAGUUAGGUAUUCUGGUGUGGCAAGACUUCAUGUUUGGCUGUGGCAAUUAUCCAGCAUAUCCCUCCAUCUUGGAAUCGGUCAGGCAAGAAGCGAUCGCCAACGUUAAGCGUAUACGCCAUCACCCAUCUCUUGUGCUUCUGGCAGGCAAUAAUGAAGAUUACCAGGUCCAGGAGUCGUUGGGGCUCGAGUAUAACUACGAAGACAAGAACGAGGUCAAUUGGCUCAAGUCUGACUUUCCUGCACGAUACUACUACGAAUCAUUGCUCCCGAAAGUUGUUGUGGAGGAGGCCCCAUCUAUCCCGUACCAUCCAGGAUCACCUUGGGGCGACGGAAAACGGAUAUCAGAUCCCACUGUCGGUGACAUGCAUCAGUGGAAUGUAUGGCAUGGAACACAGGAGAAGUACCAGAUCUUCGAUUCACUCGGUGGCCGCUUCAACUCAGAAUUCGGUAUGGAGGCAUUUCCACAUAUUGACACCAUCCGAGCGUUUGUGGAGAAGGAGGAAGAUCUUUUUCCACAAUCUCAUGUGAUGGACUUCCACAAUAAAGCUGACGGUCACGAGCGAAGAAUUGCAACCUAUCUCGUCGAAAACGUCCGCACCAACCCAGAGCUGGAAGCAUAUAUUCAUCUCACACAACUGAUCCAGUGUGAGGCGCUCAUGUAUGGGUACCGCGGUUGGCGGAAGCAGUGGGGAGAUGAUCGUCGCUGCGGAGGUGCAUUGGUGUGGCAGCUCAACGACUGCUGGCCAGUGACCAGCUGGUCAAUCGUCGAUUACUACCUACGACGAAAGCCAUCUUAUUACGCCAUGGCCCGAGUUCUUGCGCCAAUGGCUGUGGGCAUUCGUCGUCAGCAUUUUGAUUGGAGCGUAACACAUGCCCGAGAGCCGCAGACACAGACUUGGGAGUUGUGGGCAGUAAGCUCUAGCUUGGACCCAGUGGCUGCUGACAUCGAAGUCAGAUUUGUCUCAGUCAAAAGUGGUAAGGACAUCAAACAGAAGAUUGUCAAGAAGGGUAUUCAUCUCGUACCAAAUGGUACUACAUCGGUUGUGACUGACGGAGAAAUCGACAACAUACGUGAGGAACCGCACGUGCUUGCGGCGCGGAUCUGGGUUGAUGGUAAUCUGGUUUCUCGAGACACCGACUGGCCGCAGCCGUUGAAGUAUCUACCAUUCCCCAAUCGCGGUGUGAAAGUCGACGUCAGGGGCAAUGAGAUGCACGUCAGUGUGGAACGGCCAGUCAAAUGUCUGGUCUUCGAAGAGAGAGAAGGAUGUCAUCUCAGCGAUAGUGCAAUCGAUGUCGUCCCAGGAGACCCGCAGGUCGUCUUCGUGAGAGGACUGAAGCAGCACGAUAAGCCCUUAAAAUGGACAUUCUUGGGGGCUAGCGAACAGUGA